CGCUUUAGGAAAUGGUUACACUUGGCCAAUUCCUGGAGUGACAGUAGAAGUGAGUCAAGUUUUUGGCGCCGUUGCCGGGGACGGCUAGGUUGUUGAAGAAAAGUGAUUUCUGUUAAUUUAGCUUUUCUUUUUGCUUUGUCCCACUUGUGCCUUCACGGGUUUGCUUGCUUGAUUGUGUGCAGGUAGUGCAUGACCCGUAGCCAGUCGGGAGGUUUACUGCCGUUGAAUCCAGAGAUUGAACGCACCUGUCGCCAACUCAGGAGACAACAGCGGGCUAGACUGGCUACGGAAGAGCGCAUAGACGGCCACGUGAGUAGUGAUUCUGAGGAGGAGUACGAGAUGGAAAACUACAAUCAACACCAGGGGAAUCCUCAGCAGGCUCCCCCGGUGAAUCAGGUCCUGGGGAACAACCCCAUACCCCAGGAUCAUGGGGUUCAUCAUCAUCACCCGCCGCUGGGUCCCACCUUGGAGUACUACUACACUCCGCGGAUUGCUGACAUCCGCCCGGUCAUCCUCUACCCGCCUAUUCCAGCAAACAACUUCGAGAUCAAGCCAUGCUGGAUUCAACUCAUUACAUCCUCUAUCCAGUUCCAUGGCUUGAAGGAUGAGGAGGCCAGGGUACAUCUUUCCCGUUUUCUGCAGCUGACGAACGGGUUCAAGCUGAAUGGUGUCCCGGAUGAUGCAAUCCGCCUUCAUCUCUUCCCCCAUUCUCUGGCGGGGAAUGCUAAGAGGUGGUUGGAGACCCAGCCCCCAUUGUCCAUCACCUCUUGGGACGAUCUGGCUGACAAGUUUGUGCACAGCUACUAUCCGGCAUCGAAGACUACAGAGAUCCAGCGGGAGAUCACUCACUUCCGCCAAGAGCCAGAUGAGUCACUUCGUGAUGCUUGGGAGCGGUACAUGGGCUAUUUCUGGCAGUGUCCCCAUCAUGGCUUUAGUGAUGCAUUCACAGUGGGGAACUUCUACAGUGCCCUCUCUCCAGAUAGCCAGAGGGUGAUUGAGUCUCUAUGCCCAGGAGGGGAUAUUCUUACUAAGACUCCACCCGAGCUGAACCAGAUGAUCAGUACUUUGGCUGCUAGAGAUCAUUCUUGGGGACAGGGUAGCCGAGGCAGACAUUCCUGGGAUCGUGGUGUGCACGCCAUGGAGACCAGAUCCGGGCUCGAGCAGCAGGUAGCUGAGCUAGUGCAGACAUUGAAGCAGCCCAACAGUCUUAUUCCGGGCAGAGGUUUGGCUACACCUCCAGUUGCUCAGUGUCAGUGGUGUGAGAGCUCAAAUCACUUAGUGGAAGACUGCCAGGCUAUGAGGGAGUCUACUACUCCCCAAGAGCAGUUGGACUUCAUCGCCAAUGCUCGGCGCCUCGACCCGUACAGCCACACAUAUAAUGAGGGGUGGCGCCAGCAUCCCAACUUCUCUUGGGGCAGCAGCACCACUAAGCCACCUGGUUUCCCAGCACCAGCUGGUGGCUUUCAGCAGAGGCAGCCCUUCCAGGCUCGACAGGGCCCAGUUCCACAGCAGCAGCCCUACCAGCCUAGGCAGGGGCAACCAUUCCAGCAGUCCCAGCGCCAGUUUGCCGAGCCAGCAGCAGCCCCAGUUCCAGAUACUCAGAUGACGCAGCUGGAAAAUAUUCUAGCUUCGUUCAUGACUAGCAAUCAGGCAGCUAUCACGUCAUUGGAGGCAGGUCAGAGGAACCAGGGUGCCAUCUUGCAAGAUCUGCAGAACCAGGUGGGUAUCUUGGCCCGCCAGAACACCACCAGGGCACCGGGGACUUUGCCUGCCACCACUGUUCCGAAUCCUCGUGAUCCUAACCAGCUCCAGCAGCUUGAUGCCAUCACUACCAGGAGUGGCAAGACCACAUUAGCUGCUCCUGCCCAGCCCAGUCGAGAUGAGCCACUACAUGCUUCAACACUUCCAGCUGAUACUGCAGAAGUGGGGGAAGACACAACAACGCCUGCUCCCAAGCCACAGCCGGUGGUUAAGGAGCAUGUACCUCAGCUUCCUUUCCCCACUCGCCUGCAUAAAGACAAGCUGGAGACUGAGUUUGCCAAGUUCAUGGCAAUGUUGAAGCAGGUCAACAUCAGCAUGCCGUUCGUGGAGGCACUGUCAAAGAUGCCCAAGUAUGCCAAAUUCAUGAAGGACCUCCUCACCAACAAGAAGAAACUUGGGGAUCUUUCGACAGUGAUGCUGAGCGAGGAGUGUUCUGCCAUCCUGCAGAACAAGCUGCCCGAGAAGCGAAAAGACCCAGGGAGUUUCACUAUCCCUCUUGUUAUUGGCAGCAUGCAUGUAGGAAAGUCCUUGGCGGACUUAGGCGCUAGCAUAAAUGUCAUGCCUUAUAAUUUGUUUAAGAAGCUAGGCCUAGGUGAACCUAGAACUACUAGGAUGAGCAUUCAGUUAGCUGAUCGUUCUAUCGUGCAUCCUAGGGGUAUCAUUGAGGACUUGCUUGUUAAUGUGGGUGCAUUCACAUAUCCUGUUGACUUUGUUAUUUUGGAUAUAAAUGAGGAUGUGGAUGUACCUUUGAUUUUAGGUAGACCGUUUCUCACCACCGCCAAGGCGCUUAUUGAUAUGCAUAGUGGUAAAUUGAUUCUGCGUGCUGGUGAUGAACAUGCUACCUUUUCUGUGUCUGAGAAUGGGAAACACUCUCAUUUGCAUGAUGACAUAGAUUACUGUGAUAUGCUUGCUGAUUUUGAGACCGCACUCGCUAUAACGAGUGCGGGUACUGACGAUGUUCUUGAGCGUUGUAUUUUGCUAGGUGAGCAGGCAUCGCAGGAGCCGCAGCUGGUGGAGCAGUUGGCCGAGUUGGAGAGUGGCCCCUUCUUGGAGGGCGACAGGCUGUUCAAACCGAUCUCAUCCUCCACCCGCAUCGCUACUUCCUUGGAGGAACCACCAGAGCUGGAGCUUAAGCCCCUCCCUCCUCAUUUGGAGUAUGCAUUUCUCCGGGAGGGGAAUAAGCUGCCAGUCAUCAUCAGCUCGACCCUCACACCCGAGCAGAAGACCAGACUGGUGACCUUGCUGAAGCAGUACGAGCGAGCUCUCGCAUGGAAGAUCACAGACAUCCGGGGGAUCAGCCCUUCUUUCUGCUCCCACCGGAUACUGAUGGAGGAUGAGAUGCGGCCAGUGAGACAGCCGCAGAGGAGACUGACACCGAACCUGGAGGCUGUGGUUCGGGCAGAGAUCGUGAAGCUGUGGUACCCAAGAAGGGUGGGAUGACUGUGGUGCCUAACGAGAAGAAUGAGCUGAUCCCGAUGCGCACAGUGACUGGGUACCGUGUCUGCAUUGACUACCGGCGUCUCAACGACGCCACUCGGAAGGAAUUGCAUUUUUACUUUGCUAUGAUCUAUGAAGGAAUUGCAUUUUUUAUCUGCCUCGAAUAAUUUCACUUGCCUAGCGGGUUCAUGUUGUUACGUAGCUGCUAAAGUUUUAUCAGCGUCUUGUUGCACGGUUGUGACUUACAGUGAGAGAUGAAGUCGAAUGCAUGAUGGAGGGAGGAAGAGAUGGAGAAGUCGACUUGGUUGAGCAGGAUCCGCAUGUAGACACCACAUUUUGUCCGGAACAUUCAUGCUAGUCAUAUAUAUAUAUAUAUAUAUAUAUAUAAACAACUAAUUGUAGCACCAAUGAUAUUUGGGAAGGAAGUUUGAAAUAAUUUGGUUAAGACUAGCAGUGGCAAGUCAAUAUGAACCAACGAUUACCAUUUUCCGCUCAUAUACAAUCCAAGAAUCAAUUCAAAUGGACACGAGGAUAAGUACUAUUUUGAAACUUAAUACGCUUUAGGUUUGGGUUUGAAUUUGAGCAUUGGUUUACAAUGCAUAGAAGAAAAGAACAAAUCAAUAAAUACAAAAAAACAUACUUCGCCAUUUUAUUUCUUCCAUGAUACAUUUGAUCGAGAAUUACAUAGAUAACAAAGGAAAGAUAGUAAUUAAGUAGACCGUCACAAAUUAUACAUAUGCAAUUAAAAGACCACUCCUUUAUAAACCGUGGACCUGCAACAGAAGAGAAGAACUAGUCAGUUCUCAAACCAAUAUACCAGGUCCACAAUUUAAGCCCAAACCAAAGUAGUUCAAGUCCAAGAAGUAUAAAGCCAGUUUCUUUUCAAGCCCAAACAUAAAUCAGAUUGGACCCAACUCGGCCCAAACCCGACAGGCCCAACUUGGCCAACUGGUUCGAUCCAGAGACCAGCCCAAUAAACCGACCUUAACCAAAUCGGUCUAACCAAAUCCUAUCCACAACCGACCAGGCACACUCUUCAAAGUCGAAAUAAAAAAAUGGACGAAUCAUAUGGCGACACGUGGCGGCUUGGUUUGCUAUAAAUGAGCUCUUGUGGCUCUUUGUUGAGGGGGGACGGAGGGGGGAAGAAAAAAGACAGAUUCUAAAAACAGCUCUUCUUUACAAUACGAAGCUGAGUUCAAGAAUUGGAUCAGAGCAGCAUCAAAUAGGCGUUAUUGGAGCCAAAGUCUUAAUAAGGUUGGUUCUUUUAAUUCUGUUUCCAUGGUUCUUGGUAAAGUUCAUGUCAUUUGGCAUAGUUUCUACAUCAUUGUAUCUUCAUAAUCAUCCAUAAGUUUGCCUAUUUAUGUUCAUGCGAUUUACUAUACAAAGGCCUUUGUGUUCAAGCACUCUAUUUACUUAAAAUAAAAUCUGCUCAUAGUAAGUCCAUUCCAGGAUUAAGCUUCUCUCAGUUGAGCAUGUAUUUACUUCGCUUAUCAAUUGAUAGUCUAUUUUAAUUUUCUGCCAUGCUUUUAUACAUCAUUGAGCAUGUAGUUGAUAAACACUAGAUCAUCAUACAUAAACAAACUAAAUCAAAAUCCAGAUCUAGGCAACAAUAAACACAAUAAAAUUUC